AUCUUAUUCCUAUCAAUUCUUAAUGGUAAUUUCCCGUUUUGAUGAUUCUAUAAUACGCCAUCUGCUAGUGUGAACUACUUACAGAUAUUUUGCUAUAAGAUAUCAUCUAAGCAGCCUCAGAUUGAGUUCCUAGUAGGUACAAUGGGUUUGAUGAUAUCACGGCUAUUCAGAAUGCUGUAUUCAAAGAAAGAAAUGAGGAUUCUCAUGGUAGGUCUUGAUGCUGCUGGCAAAACCACCAUACUCUAUAAGCUGAAACUUGGAGAAAUUGUCACUACCAUACCAACCAUAGGUUUCAAUGUUGAGACUGUUGAGUACAAGAAUGUUAGCUUCACAGUUUGGGAUGUUGGAGGACAAGACAAGAUUCGACCACUGUGGAGACAUUAUUUUCAGAACACACAAGGGCUCAUCUUUGUGGUAGAUAGCAAUGACAGAGAAAGAAUUUGUGAAGCCAGAGAUGAACUCCAUAGGAUGCUAAGUGAGAUUGAACUUCGCGACGCAACAUUGCUAGUUUUUGCCAAUAAGCAAGACCUUCCAAAUGCCAUGAGUGUUUCAGAAAUAACAGAUAAACUCGGUUUGCAUUCGCUUCGCCAGCGCCGCUGGUACAUUCAGGCAACUUGUGCUCCAUCUGGCCAAGGACUAUACGAAGGGCUUGAUUGGUUAUCCAGUAACAUAUCCACCAAGGUCAUAUAAUUUAUAAUCCAAGCUAUCAUUGUUUCUGAUCUUUCUCUCAUCUAUGAAGAAAACAAGACCGGUACAUAAAUAUAUGGUGUAAUGUAAUCUAAAACAAAAAUAGUUAUACAUAUACACUAAGAUUAGUUAUUAUCUAUUUUUUUUGUGACUAAUUAUUAUCUAUUUAUA